AUGGCACCUAUUUCUUUUAUAAAAAUAUCUACAUUAAUCUUUGCAUACCUAUUCUUAUGGUAUCAAACCAAUGAUCAACACCAGGUGAGUGCAUUAAGCACAUUAGAUGAUGAUGAUAGCAUUUCCAUGGACAACUCCGAUGAUUUAUCUUCAUCAGAAGAAGAUAUAAAUUUUGACCAUGAUAGUUUGUGUAGUGUGCAAGCAAGGCAAAGUGAUGAAUUUCCCCAUGAGAGUUAUGAGGACUAUCGUCCUCCCCACUUAGGAGGGGAGGACGAUAGUCACCUUUCUGACGAUACAUUGACCUCAUUAGGAGAAGUAGGUUCCGCCCAUUCGGCAGAGAAGAACACCCCAAAGGAAGCAAAAAAUGUAAAGGAUAAAUUUCGAAGAAUUUGUAAAAAAAUCUUUUGUCGUCGUGCCCGGAAACAUAGAUGUAUACUAUCAUUAAUAUUGGGCAUUUGGAUCUUGGGUAUUUUCUUUAUUCCGGGGGUAUCCGAGCUACCCGGGGUAUCCACGGGCCUUUCACGGGGUAUAGUUAUAGGACUCGGAGUUGCCGGAGCAGUUAUAGUCGUAGGUCUCCUUAUAUUAGUAGUUUACCUUGAAAUCCUAUAUUGUAGAGCACGCGAUAAAUAUUUCGAAAAAAAAGAAAACAACAAUAUUCCAAAAUAUUCGAAAAAAAAAAAAAAAGAACAGAAUAAUAAAAUCAAAAAUAAGUUAACAUUUUUUUUUAAAAGUACAUUGAAGAAAAUCUAA